AAAACGAUAUGUUAUAAGUGAAUAAUGAAACUACAUUCAGUAUUCAGUACAGAGGCGAAAGUUGCAGUUGCAUUCAGAAUAAGAAGUUGCAAACCGAAUAUGGCAAAUGCAUUUCAAAUGCUCUUAAUCAUUUCAGCUUUUCAUUACAACAAACUGUUUGUAAAUGUAAUGGACACAAUAUUAGAAAUGGAUGUGGGGGAAAUGAAAAAAUAUGAAUAUUGCGUUAAAGUAGUUGUUAUUUGCUAUACUGUACACGAUAGUCCUACUGAUAGUGACGGCGACUAUGAUAACUAUAUAAAGAAAAACGGUUGCAUUAAAAAAGGCCUAUCUGAAGAAGACAACACUACAUAUUGGGAAUAUGUUCAUCAAUGGCAACAUGAAGUUGAGGAGAUAAUGUUGGAUCUGAAUAUACUUACAAUUUCCGAACAAUAUGAUCAGGGAAAUUGUAUAAAAAUCGAUUUAGGCUUAUAUUUCCACAUACCUAAAAUAGUUGUAUGCGAUCGGAGGAAAAUGUAUGGGGAUACGCUUACUCCUAUCAUAACAACCACAGCAACAACAACAACAACAACUACCACUACUAUUUCAACAACCACAAAAACAACUACAACGACGACAACAACAACCACGGAGCCAACAACAACAGAAAUCAUUGAGCAUGGACCGCAAUGUAACGAGAGUGAUCAAAAGGGAAAAUGGAUCAAGGAACAGACGGAGUUAGUUCGUAGAUUGCCUACACUGGUCUCCAGACUUCCGAAUGUCGAGGCAAAGCUAAAUGUAUUAUUGAAUCGGAAUUGUUGUCCAUAUCCUAUUAUUCGGGAUAGAGUCGAGAUAAUCAAUGACAUCGUCGACCUUUUAAUACAAUUAUUCUGCGUUCCGUUUACUGAACGAGCGAAAUCUACAGGCUAUGCAUUACUUGAUAUUGAGAAUUUCAUGACAAGGCUAGGCGAACUAAACCUACAUGCACCUCAAAAUAACCGUUUCAAUUGCAGUUGCUGCAGCGACUGGCAAGUUGAUGUUAAAGGUGUAAUCGAAAGAUUUAGGAAGACAUUAAUAUCCAUAGUUCCAGACUAUGUUUCAAUCAUUUCCAUACUUAAUUCACUAAGUGGAAACCAAAAUAAUCUUGUGCAAAAUUCAAAAAUAUCCGAAGAGCAUCUCUCAGCGAUCGCAAAGAUAAUCGAUAAUAAUAUUAAUAAUAAUAAAGGCAAGUGUUGUAAUAUCACAAAUAGCAACGUUUUACUGACCGAUAAAAUAGAAUUAAAAGAUUUCAAUAAUAUUUCAAGUCAGCAACUGCACGAAACUCUUACGACCUUUGAUGGAUCCAUAAAAAACACACAAAAUUAUAUCCAUAAUGGGGAACUUAAAAUUAAAGAAUUUAUUGCGUUUUGUGAAGGAAAGCGAUUGGAAAACGAACAGAAAAAGAUGCAAAUGAAUAUCACAAAAAGAAAUAUAAAUCAACUAGAAGAAAAAAUUAAAAAUUUUGAAUUUCAUGUGCAAAAUUCACUCGAUGAUGCUUGGAAAGUCGAGUUGCAGUUUCAUCAAUCGAUUGACAAUGGGCAGCAAAAUGUGGAGAUCUUCAAGGCACAGCUAAAAAGUUUAUUAAAUGAGGCGCACCAAAGACAAAUUGAGGCUCAGGAGAAAAGAUCUAAAUUUAAUUUAAUUAAAAAAAACGCUUUCACUGCCUGUUUAAAAAAUAUAGAUGAGAUGAGUUACUUGAGGCCACUGAACCUAGUCCUUAACCAGAGCUCCGUUUCAUUCAUAAAUUGGCAGCAGAAAUUAACAAUUUCCCAAGAAAUCGUAAGUGACAAAUCGAAAAAGUUAAGAAAUAAAUUGAAUGAAAAAUUGGGGGAAUGGGAAUCGAGUGGGAAAUUCCAAUACAAUUCAAGUGCAAACAACCAAUUUACUAUCGUUAUUGAUGCUAUGCAAAGUGAAUUAACGGAGCUAUACAAUAAUAUUAUAACUGUUAGCAGAUCAGAAGAUGCAGAGUCCAAGAAGAUUAGCAGCCUCUUGGUCAAAAUGGAGGAAAUGCUCGCAAAAGAGUGGAGCAAUAUGGAACAGAAUGAUGUCCUCGAUGCUAAAAUCAAAAAAUUUACUGAACAAAUGUUAUACGAUUUCGAAAAAAAAUUAAAUGCAUCAUCUAUGGGAGCGUUCAAUGAGCAAUAUAGUAAGUUGGGAUAUUUAGAAACCAACUUCAGUGACAUCAGAAAUACAAUGAUUUUUAUGGAAAAUGACAUGCUAAAGAAAGUUAUAAACAUACAGAGUAUUUUUCAAAAGCUUAACGAGAAGCUAGUUGUUGCUAUCACUGGGGCCAAUAAAUGUGUGUCGGAUUGUGAUUGGGGGGAUAUGCCAUCUUUAGAUAGCCUAGAGGCACGUAUUGAGGCACUAGAAGAAAAAUUAAAUGUUUAAUUACUUAAAAGAGUCAAGCGAAAAUAAUAAAGCUGCAAAACAAAUGGAAAA